AUGGCACUGUCAUCAUCCCUCCAUGGCGUGCUGAAAGACCUUCAUCGCCGGCCAUACCCGCAUGUUCCAAAUCCACCGGGUUGCAAGAAGCGCGCUUCCGUCGCCUUGAUCCUCCGGGUACGACCGACCUUUGACCACUGGCCCGGCGCUAUUGCUACUCCCGCACAAGACCCUUCUCUGUCUGUCGAACAGCGACUGGAAAACUUCUUCUCGCAGUCGUGGGUUCAGCAUGGCGAUCCCGAGGUUCUGUUCAUAAAGCGCGCUUCGCGGGUCGGGGAUCGGUGGACGGGUCAUGUUGCCUUACCCGGGGGAAAACGAGACCCGGAGGAUGCGGACGAUUGCGCUGCGGCAAUUAGGGAGGCAGUGGAGGAAAUUGGGUUGGAUCUGACGGAGGACUCCCUAUUGUCUCCAUCACUGCGUACCGUGGAAUAUGUGGAUAUGUCGCAGCGGUUUACGCGACAAGGGGGGUUCUUGGCCCGCCUUGUGGUCCGCUCGGUGAUGGGCUGGAUGCAGUUCUCUGCCAUUCGUCUCCUUCCCUCAGAAAGUGUGCACUGCAGCUCUAUUCCAGGGUUUGUACCCGACGAGAAAACAGACGGAUCGGCAGUUCAACGCCUGAAAGCAUGGGCCUUGAGCAACCAAGCAGAUUCGGGUGACAUGAACCGCCCCCUUCUGCUCUGGGGCUUGACCCUCGGCGUCUUGGCCGAUUUCUUGGAUAUGCUCCCGCCUCACACGGCUGUUCAGCUGUGGAAAUACCCCACCUUUACGGCGCCCGAUUUGCGUUUGAUCGUGAGCCUUUUGACCUAUAACCUGCGGAAACGCAAUGCGCUCCAGGUGAGAUUGGGCACCCGCCCCAAUGAGACGGCGCUGGACAGUGAGACAGAAGCUUUGCCCGUCGCGCCAGAGUCCGAUCCCAAUCACGACCAUAACGAGGUCGGUAUCGGCGGGCUUGGGGUUGGACGGUACUAUGGGCCGUCUGAUCGGCCAGACGGGACCUCGUACGCGGUGGGCAUCAUGUUGCGCGGGUACUACCAACGACUGCGUGCCGCGAUCUAUGUGUUCCUGGCCUGGCGUAUGGCUCUUGGAUCUGUGGCAGCUAUCUCCGCCUGGCGAUUUGUGAGGAAAUUGCGGUGA